UCCUUUCACUCUCACUUCAGACCUGUGUGUCUUGGUGGAUGAUUUUGUGAUGAAGGUCUCACAGCCUCACUUCCGGUCUGGUUGUCGUUCUCCGGCUGGUGAUUUGACGCAGCUCGGAGGAGUCACCCCUCCGCUCGCUCCGCUCCAGCUGUGCUCACCGCUGUCUGCCCCGCUGUCUCCCCGACGCCGCUUGCCCUCCUUUUCUAAUGCAGCCGCCACCAUGACAGGCAUCGCGGCCGCUUCCUUCUUUUCAAACGCCUGCAGGUUCUCCGGCUGCGGACUUCACUUCGAAUCCCUGUCGGAGCUCAUCGUGCACAUUGAGGAUAACCACAUCGAUACAGACCCCUGUCUUCUGGAGAAGCAGGAGCAGCAGCAGCCGACAUAUGUGGCCCUCAGCUAUAUCAACAGGUUCAUGACUGAUGCUGCCAGGCGGGAACACGAGGCCCUGAAGAAAAAGGUGCAGCCCAGGCUGUCCCUGUCCCUGACAGGCAGUCUGGCACGCAGCAAUGUUUCCACGCCGCCCCGCCACCCCGGCGGCGGAAACCUCACCCCUCCAGUCACCCCGCCAAUCACUCCGUCCUCCUCCCUCCGCAGCAGCACGCCCACAGGAAGCGAGUGUGAUGAAGAGGAUGUAGACUUUGAGGAAUCUGACAGUGAUGAAUCGUGGACCACAGAGAGCGCCAUCAGCUCAGAGUCCAUCCUCAGUUCAGUGUGCAUGAACGGUGAAGACGAGAAGCCCUUUGCUUGCCCCGUUCCAGGGUGUAGAAAAAGAUACAAGAAUGUUAAUGGCAUCAAAUACCACGCUAAGAACGGCCACCGGACCCAGAUCAGGGUGCGCAAGCCUUUUAAGUGCCGGUGUGGAAAGAGCUACAAAACCUCUCAGGGCCUCCGUCACCACACCAUCAACUUCCACCCGCCCGUGUCCACCGACAUCGUCCGUAAGAUGCAGCAGUAGAGGCUGGACCACCGCGCACACAUCCAUCACCAGCAACCUUUUCUUACUCCAGGCCUUUCCUCUCAACCCCCCCCCCCCCCCAACCCUCUGCCCUUUUCUCUUUUUUUCCACUUAGCUAUGACACUAGAUUUUCAUUGCAUGACAUAAAUGUGUUUUUCAACCUUUGUUUCUAUUAAGAAUGUUUAAUUCUAUGUGUUACUGUUUUGUAUUUUUGCACAUUUAAGCUAGCGUUUAUCUUCUUUGUUUAGUCUCUAUGACUCAUGGUGCUCCUUGUUGUUCAGAGCAACUUGCAGACUCCAGAGGGGCCAGGUCACCAGAAGCCUUGCAUGCUCUGCUUUGAGUGAAAUGAGGGGAAAUGUUUUGGAUAUGUUAGUUUUAGCGUGUGGAGACACAGCCACAUCAAACUAUGUCUCUUUUGAGCCCAAAAUACGGCGGACGGAAUGUGUUUCUAGCAGUAUAAUCCAACUCCAAACAAAAUGUGAAGAAUCACUUAUUUGGCUUCUUGUGACUUUACAUCUCAUAUCACAAGAACUCCGAACCUGUUUUGGUCAGUUUUACAGCGCUUGUGUGAAAGCACCAAAGACGUUUCUCAGGUGAUUUUUGCAAGCAUUUUAGCACCCCAGUCCUCCCCGAGAGUCCUGCUGGCGUGCGUGCUGUUAAACUGGAUCAUGGGAAUGCUGUCAUUGUUCCUUAUGUUUCCGACCACUUUCCUGGAGACCAAGCAGAUUUCUUUGCUUCUUAGCACAAAGGGAUCAAAGCACUUUUUUUUCGUGGGGGGGGGGGGUUAAAAGUUGCAGUUUUGCCAAUAUCUUCUAUGUUGUGUAUUUACAACGAGCAGACAGUUGCACGUUUUACACUGGACCGAGGAAAAAACUGACACCCAGUGUUUUCAGUAUUGAGAGAGUUGCCUUGGAUUUUGAACCAUUCCAAAAAUGACAUGAGGAAGUACAUUUUAUCUUUGCAUGGUUUCAUUUAGACUGUUCACACAUUUAACUGAGGGCCAGUGCAGCCUGUUUGUUAGCCAGUGGCCGUAUAUUCAGUACCGUAGGGCGGAGAGGAUAACAUGCAGUUCUGCCUUUGUGCCAUUACAUCACGUCUUACUAGGACUUGAUAAAAACAAAUAUGCCAAAAGAAAAUGGAACCGGUUUUCAAAUGCCAAAAUCUUGGAACACUGUCAAAUGUAAAUAAAGAAUUGCAUUUAAAGCUUUUGUUUGAUCUUAAGUGGAACAAUGACAACAAACUGAGAAAAACACUUUUGAAAAAAAAAAAAAAAAAAAGCUGGGACAGCAACUGCAAAAACAAAUUGCAUUUAUGAAUAGUUUGGCUCCUUCUUUGUUGAAUAUUGUGUUAUAAACCUCCAUGUUUCAGUUUAAUACACAAGGCCUGAAAGAGAGCCCAGAACCGUAGAGGUCAGCAUUAGGGUUGGUCAGUCGUGCGGGCCUGGUGCACUAAUGCGUGCCCAUCAUCAGGCUGGCGGCUUUUACUCUGAGCACUGGUCAUAUGCUGGGUGGUCCCUUUUAGCGUGAGCAUCAAGGAGCCUGUUUUACGUGCACCCCCCUCCGCACUAAAUGAGUUGUGGCUCAGAGAAGGCACAGACGUUUCUGGAUGAGUUGUGCUCCAACAACAGUUCUCAGAGGAGCUCCCGACCACAUGCAUCGUCAUCCUCUCCACAAAUCGGAUUUUAAGUCAGUUCCACCAGAUUUCCCAUUCACUGUUGUUUGUUGUUUUAUAGAAGGCCUCAGAUACUCUGAUCGUUAGGAAAGUUUAUGUUGAGAGGCAUUACUCUAAAAGGAUUUGACUACAGCCUGCUUGUCCCAACUUUUUUUUUUUUUUUUACCUUGUUGCUGUAUUAGAUUUUAAAAAGUGUUUUUAUAUUAUGCUCGAUCUGUUAGUACUGUUCUUAUUAACGUAGGCUUUAAACGAAUUUCAGUGUCUGAGUCCAUUCUCUUCAUUUCCCACAUCGUUCUAGUUUUGGGGAGAACACACACUGUGCCAUUGAGUGACAAAGCUUGAAUGUCAGUGUUACAAAAGCAAUUGAGAAUUGUGGCAAUAUUCCACUGUCAGUAUGGAGAAGUCUUUGAUAUUGUGUACAGUGAAUGUAUUGUGUUAAGUGCAUUAAAUUAUAUUUUCAUAUUUUUCUUAGGCAAAAAAAAAUAUUAAAAAUGUUGUGUUGUACUGUAUUUCUUCAAGAAAAAGAAAAAAAGCUG